AUGGUGCUCGUCACGCUGAGUGUGCUGGUGAGUCGGUCCGGCUAUCGCAUUCUGGGCGCCUGCCUGAAGAUCAUCAGGGCUCUCGGGGGCUUCCCCUACUCCUGGAAGGACGUCGAGCGCCCCAGCAGAGGCUUCGAAAGGGCUUUGGGCAAGAUAAAGCCUCAAGCUGGAAUCCUGAACGGCCUUCCGUACUUGUUCGAGAAAAAGUUAUCUCUGGCGGUGUGCUCUUGGCUGUUUACGUUCCUGAUGGCCGCGCACACGGGGGCAUUCACCGUUCUGAAAGUCCUGCAGAGCAAGAACAGAGCCACGACCACCACGGACGUCGCCCAGACCAUCAGCAUGGUCGUCGUGGCCGUGUCGUCCUUCGGGCUGCUCGCCAACUUGGCCUUCAACAACCCCAGCCUGUUCGUCCUGUCGUCCAAGCUGCACGCCAUCGUGUCCCACGCGCGCGAGCAUCCCUGGAAGCCCCACAGGGACGCCCUGUUCAUGAUCACGCUGCUGGUGUGUGAGGCCACCUUUGCCGUUGACUGCUACGAGUGCACGCACCACAUCGUCAACCUCAUUCUGCACAAGGAGAUCACCUUCAUGAUCAUGUACCUGAGCCUCGGCUACUUCCUGCUGCUGGUGAUGCUCAACGCCGUCAUGGCCGGGACCAUGUUCCUCUACUACGCGCUGUCGAGGAUGAUGGCCUCGGGCUACGAGCACCUGCUGCACGAGCCCAAGACCCGUCUGCCGCAGACCAGGAGCGGGCGCGUCGAGGAUCCCACGGUGGCGCCCGUGUUCAUGCCGUCGCCGGCGGGCGAGGCUGAGGCCGCGUUCGUGCGACUUCUGGCCACGAAGGGGAAGGGCGAGGUGACGGUCACGCCCGUGACGCACGAGGACCUGCGCCUCGCCGAGGACAUCGUCGAGAACCUGCACGAGUAUCAGCGGCGUUUCAACAAGUACUUCUCGCUGGCGGCGCUCCUGGUGCAGCUGCAGUCCGUGAUCACCGUCACCGUGUCCAUCUUCAUGGUGCUCACCGCCGGAGGAUCCCUGGGGGUCUGCGCCAGGAUCCUCCACCAGACCUGCUUCCUGGUCCUCCUGUGCUGCGGCCCAGAUGGCGUCAACUUCAGGCGCCAGCAGCUUUUCGCUUCCAUCAUGAUGCUGCGAAGGCGAUGCAACAGCGAGAUGGAAAGCAAGAUGAGCAGACUUCUGGACCUUCUGCACAUUUUUCCCGAUUACGACAUGGGGCGGUGUCUGACCCUCAGCAGGGCCAAUCUUAUAAGCGUGAGUAUCUCCUGGCAGCUUUUGUGGAUCUGA